AUGGUCAAGUCGCUCAAGUAUCAGAGAAAGUCGGAUUUGGUGGAUAUGGGUACCCUUUUGGGUCUCUCCAACCCUUCCGACCUCAAGAGGGACGAUUUGGAAGAUGAGGUCAGGAACGCCUUGCUGUCCAGAAGAGCAGAACUGCAGAACGAUGAGCACUGGAAACCCAUUUACGGUGCCAUCGAUUCUGGCGAGCGCAGGGCAGCUAGGAGCAGUCUAGGUGCUACCAGUCCGUGAGUUUGCGUUGUUGCAUUCACAUUCACAUUUCAUUCGUGAUUCGUAUUCCUCCAUCGCAUCGCAUCGCAUCGCAUCGAGGUGGAGUUUGCAGAGCGAGUGGAUCCUCGCGGCCGGCCGGGUGCUCGGACGUGUGUGUGUGUGUGCAUGGGCUGCGCGGCUGCGAUUGGAUUUUGAUUGCUCUUAUUGCUUGCUUGCUUGCUGCUGCAUGCACGCACGCGCUCGCGAUCUAUCCAAGCCAAGCCAAGCCGUGCAGCCAGCAGCAAGCCCCGCGCGCGCGCGAGAGCGCGCGGUUCGGUUCAAGUCAUGCAUGCAUCAUCAAUUGCGCCUGCCUCUGCUGACGUGCCGCGGCCGAUCGUGUGCUGCUGGGCCACACGCACGCACGGGUGCAUGGCCAUCAAAAAACGCGGGUUGCAACGAUUGCUGCCCCGCAUUUGGAAGUCGCUCGUCAGAUUGACAUGGUCAUGCGUCGCACUCCAUAGCUUGACCCUGCUCACUGCCUUUUAUUUGUCGCUGACAAUCACCCCCAACCAACAUCGCAUUUAGCGACUCUGAUGCUUCGGACGACUCUCCCGCUCGCGCCAAGUCUCCCCGCAAGCACUCUGGCGGCCGGGCCAACGGGACCGCUACCCCGCGCAAAACCUCCAGCUCGCUUGCCCAAGAUGCCAGCUCCACCUUCAACAGUUUGACAGCUCGUACCAAACGCAGCUUCGAGAGUCUCAAGGAUGCAUUCCGAACCGGAGCUAACGAGGCUCGCGCUGAAGUCACUGAAGCUCGCGAACACGUGGACCACGCCGCACACGGCUUCGCUCACCGCAUCAAGCUUCAACAACGCGCCUUGAUCCGUGGCGCUGGAAACUUGUGGCACAAGGCCGGCGUCUAUGCUUCCGAUGCCAACAACCUGACUACGAUAUUCCUUGCGCUCGAGGCCAUUACUCUGAUCCUGUCUAUCCUCCCUACCACCUACUUCGAGUUUGGCAGCCGCGCGAGCGUGAGCAACCUUGUCAAGAGCGGCGGCAAGACCGCUCACGGCACUGUACCUCACUACGCCAUCACGAUUCCCAAUGCCUGGGCUCUGCUCACCGUCGCAUUUUGGAGGCCCAUCGUUCUGUGGACUCUUUACACUGUCGCCGUCCCUUACAUUCUCGCUCGUGAGUCUCGCUUGCUCGCGUUGAGCCCAAUCUGAAUCAUGCUGACGUUCGACUUGUACGGCUCGGCAUUAUAUGGCAGAUCUGAUCACCUUUAGCCGUCGUCGCGACUUCUCGGCGCAGACUUUCACCUUGUCUCGUCUAUUCCUGAUCCUCUUCCUCGUCCGCAUCACUCCUGGACUACUGCCCAAGCCCGCUCCUGCCGUGCUUGGCGUCGCGGCGGGCCAGACCGCAGCUGCUGCCAACCCCGCAGCUGGAGGCAAGCUGCUGAGUGCUCAGGGCCUCAUUCAACAGUACACCAGCUACGACUGGGUGUCAGCCGCCAUCUCCCCCGAGCUUCAAGUCUUGGCUGCUAGCGCUGCCGCUGCAUUCGCAAACCUCGAGGCGCUUCACACUCGCCCCCGUGCUAGCUGA